CUUCCAAACAAAAAGCUAAACGACUAUUCCGAAUUCCCCCAGCACUUCAUUUCCUCCCCAUCUCCACCGCCACCACCACCUCCUCCCGCUCCUCUCCAUGGCCGACUACCACCGCCCCUACCAGCGCGACCUCCGUCCCCCGCCGUCCUCGGCCCCGGACCCCACCAUCUUCCACGGCAAUGGUUACUUCUCCUCCGUCGCCCCCCAAGCCAACGCAUACUUCUCCUCCGCGCAGAAAGACGGCGCUUUCCCCGGCGCAGGCGACCGGCGGAUCGAGAUCUACACGACGGCGCCUCCGCCUCUCCCCCCGCCUCCGCGCCUCGCACUGCCCCCGCCUCCGGGGAGGAGGGAAGGUGGCGUGGGGAGCGGCGGCAGCGGAGGGGGAGGUGGGGGCGGUGGAAGCGCCAACAUGUGGUGCUUCAGCGACCCGGAGAUGAAGCGGCGGCGGCGGGUGGCGAGCUACAAGGCUUACUCAGUGGAAGGGAAAGUGAAGUCCUCGCUGCGGAGGGGCCUCCGCUGGUUCAAGGGCAAGUGCUCCGAUAUCUUCCACGGCUGGUAACCUCUUCUGCUCGGACGGUGACAGGGUCCCAAGAAACCUAAGCUCCUGAAAAAUGUCUGCAUUUUGGAAUCUUUUGUUUGAAGGUAAUGUUCAGAAUAAUUCCUCUACCACUAAUUGAAUGCAUUUGAGGUUGUGAUUGUAUAUUGGUGAGCUAAUGGAGGCUUAGAGGAACUUGCGACGGGUGUGAAUUCAUGAAAUGUUUGUGAUGUGUCGUAUUUGCACCUCUGUAGAUUUAUCUGCAAGCGGUGGUGGUGAUUAGUCAUGUUACCCAUAUCUGUUACUAAUAAAACACAAGGGCUGUGUGGGCAAAUGUAUCUUUUUAGUGGUUAUGAUUAUUUGUUGGGAGAUUGGUUUUCAAUCAGAUUCAGGAAUCAUGGAAA